AUGUCCGAUGCAGAGUGGGAGGACCUGUUGGAGGGUUUUGAUGAGCGGGGCUACCUGAGCGCGCGGCGCUGGCGACCAGGAGACAAUCCAUACAGCCUGUACGCCUUCAACCAGAGAGAGAGUGAGAGGAUCCCCAGCAACCGGGCCCUGCGGGACACACGGCACUACAGGUGUACCACUCUCCACUAUGAUCCUGACCUUCCUCCCACCUCCAUCAUCAUCACCUUCCACAAUGAGGCCAGAUCCACCCUGUUACGCACCAUACGCAGUGUGUUAAACAGAACUCCGGUUCAUCUGAUUCUUGAAAUCAUUCUGGUUGACGACUUCAGCGACGAUGAGAAAGACUGCAAACUUCUCACCAAGCUGCCCAAAGUUAAAUGUCUGCGCAACAACAAGCGAGAAGGUCUGAUCAGGUCCAGGGUCCGGGGGGCUGAUGCGUCCAGGGCCGGGGUGCUCACCUUCCUGGACAGUCACUGUGAGGUGAACAAGGACUGGCUGCCACCUCUCCUGCAGAGGAUUAGACAGGACCCGACCUGUGUGGUGAGCCCAGUCAUCGACAUCAUCAACAUGGACACCUUCGCAUAUGUGGCCGCCUCUUCUGAUCUCCGUGGAG